AGUCUAUCGCUUCCAGUCUGCGGCAGUGUGCAGGGUCGCACAAACGCCCUGAAAAGCUGGAGCUCCGAAGAUAACAACGGGGACCCCCGGCGUUGAACGGCCUAUGUGUCACAGACCCAAGAGCGCACUCCGCUUCGUGCCCCCCCAUUGUGCAGUGCCAGGGGCAGCUAUGGUGCAGAAGAUCGCUGAAGUCACUGGCUUCCACCGCUCAUUCAAGGGUCAAAACCCCUUUGAGUCUGACUUUGACAAAACCAGUUCCCAUUUCCUCAACUCCAGUCUGAACUUUGACUGCCCUGAAAGACCUGACAUGCCAGCCAGUCAGCCUAUUGACAUCCCUGAUGCCAAGAAGAGGAAUAAUAAGAAGAAGAAGAGGGGCAGGGCUACUGACAGUUUCUCUGGCCGAUUUGAAGAUGUGUACAAGCUUCAGGACGAGGUGCUGGGGGAAGGUGCAUAUGCCAAAGUCCAGACGUGCUUCAACCUCAUCACCAGUAAGGAGUACGCUGUCAAGAUCAUAGAGAAGAGGCCAGGACACAGUCGAGGCCGUGUCUUCAGGGAAGUGGAGAUGCUCUACCAGUGCCAGGGCCACAGAAACAUCCUGGAAUUAGUGGAGUUUUUUGAAGAGGAGGAGAAAUUUUACCUUGUGUUUGAAAAGCUCAGAGGAGGCUCCAUUUUGACACACAUUCAAAAAAGGGGACACUUUGAUGAGCAGGAGGCCAGCAUUGUGGUGCAGGACAUAGCUAGUGCUCUAGACUUCCUGCAUAACAAAGGAAUGGCCCACAGAGACUUGAAACCUGAGAACAUUCUUUGUGAGCAUGCAGACCAGAUCUCGCCUGUGAAGAUCUGUGACUUUGACCUGGGCAGUGGCAUAAAGCUGAACAGUGACAGCUCUCCUAUAUCCACUCCUGAGCUCCUCACUCCGUGUGGCUCUGCAGAGUACAUGGCUCCUGAAGUUGUUGAGGCCUUCAGCGAGGAGGCAAGCAUCUAUGACAAGCGCUGUGACCUGUGGAGCCUGGGUGUUAUCCUGUACAUUAUGUUGAGUGGAUAUCCGCCCUUUGUGGGCCGCUGCGGGAGUGACUGUGGCUGGGAUUGGGGCGAGCCCUGCCAUGCUUGCCAGAAUAUGCUGUUUGAAAGCAUUCAGGAGGGGAAGUAUGAGUUUCCUGAGAAGGACUGGGGUCACAUUUCAUCCAGUGCAAAAGACCUCAUUUCCAAGUUGCUUGUGCGAGAUGCCAAGAGCCGCCUGAGUGCUGCCCAUGUGCUACAGCACCCAUGGGUGCAGGGGUGUGCUCCAAAUACUUUGCCAACAUCCAUGCUCCUUCAGAGGAACAGCAGUGCCAAGGACCUGACUGUGUUUGCAGGGAAAGCUGUAGCAGUGAACCGGCAGCUGGCUGAGCAAGAGGAGACUGAGGAGCAGCAAGCACCUAUUGUGGUCACUGCUGCCUCUUGCUCUAUGCGCCUCUCCCCACCAUCCAGCUCCAAGCUGGCCAAGCGGCGACAGAAGAGCAGCCUACUGAAGGGGGUACCAGUCUCUGCCUCUGAGCUCCACCAGCUUCUUGCACCCUUGGUCAUUGUGGGGGACUGUGCUUAAUGAGACCCCCCCCAACCCUCAGGAUAAUAUUGAGCCACAGUUCCACUUGCUAGAGCUCUUUGUGGCUGAGCUUUACCCAAUUGCCCCUUCUCCGCCUCCUGCCAGGUCUCACACCUUACUUGCUAGUUCAGUAGGCGAGGGAGCAGUGUUCCACCUCUGGCUGUUCUCCUUUUCCUGUGGCUGCUGCACAAACAAGCACAUGGGCACAGGUCCUCCUUGAGGAGGUUGGCAGUUUUGGGGUCCAGUUCUAAAAUCAGAAGUCUUUGUUUUCUUUUUAAAACCAAAAGUGGGGAGAAAGUUAAAGCAAACUCACACCAAAGGACUGCCUGUUGUGCUGGAUCCACUAUGAAUUUCACUUGUUGGCAGAGUACAAAGAUAAGUGCUUUCUUGCUUGUUUCUGCAGACAUAAGCUUAUGUAAUUGUUACAUUGGUGGCAUCCAGCAAGGGAGCUCAAGCAGGGAUGUUUAAUGCCUUCUUGGCACCCUCAAAACACCCCAUUACAUUUUAACCCUUUCCCUUAAGUGAAUUAUUUGUUUUUACUCUGUUCCACAAUGUAAGUGUGGAUAGCAGUGUUUUCCCUUGUUUAAACCAUGUUGGUCUAAAAGUAUUUAACAAAAUAGACCAACCCAUCUGAAAAUUAGAUAAGCUAUUAAUCCGAUUUACGUGACCAAAACCUAAUGCCAUGCUUUUGGUGUUGUGGUUCUUGUCUGCACAAGACAUGCUUGAGGCUCAUCACUUUGAAUUUAAGGAAUGUCACCCUCAAAUAUGAAAUGAGACCUUCCGCUGUAGUCAAUGUUUGGGUAACACAUGCUCUUCACUUGGUUCUCUUGACUGAAAGUAUAAAUUGUAACUGAAUUCAAGAAUUUAUCCACCAAAUGAUAGUGGUCUAAGAAGGUAUUAUCUUCAGGAUUCAUUAACUGGUAAAACUGUCACUGAAUGCAUUUGUGACAACUACCUUGAAUUAAUUACUGAACCAUGUUCUAUAAACUUUAUAUGUAUGGAUCUUUGUCAAAAUUGGGUUAAUUGGGGUCUGAAAUGCUCCCAUGACUUCAAAAGCAACUAAAUGCUUUGUUGGACAUUUUCUAAUCUUUAGAUGGUGAGAGCUGAUACAACCUUCAUGCAGAUGCUGUUAUGUAAGGUCUAAAACGAGAGAUCGGAGGUGUUAACAUAUAUAUUGCUUAAAUAAUAGUCAUUCCAGAAAAACCUGUCUUCCAAGGACAUGUAGCUUUGAGCAUGUAAAUUCUUUACUUUGUUACACAACUUCCAAUCAGACUUUGUGCCACCGUUCUAUAAAUUCAAUGUGGUUGUGAAGGUGAAGCAUUUAGUGUGAGAAAAUGUGAGAAAGCUAUAAAAGAAUGUGCACAAGUAUCUAGGGAGAGAAAUUAAGCUAUUUUACCAUUACUUUGUAUGUGGGCAGUCUCUUGACAAAAUUGCUGACUUAUUCCCUUGCUUCUUUUAAACCUCAAUCCAAAAAGUUCUCAGUAUGCCAUAAGCCAUUGCCAAAGAACAUUUUGAGAAUAGGGCUAAGAAUAUUUCUCUUGGUUGGGUGUUGGCAUGAAAAAUUGUUGCCAAGGAGAUGUAAGCUGCCCAGAAAAAGGAUCUUAGAACUGUUUCCAGCAUUGGCAUGGUACUCAGUGGCACCCUUUGUGUUGGAAAAGGGGCUGUCAUCAUACAAAUAGGACACUGAUUGUAAUCUUUCUACAGAUACAUCUUAUGUCUUAUAGUAAGACUUAAUUGAACUGCAUGUGCAGUUUUCCUUGUUUGGGAGAUGACGACAUUCAGAAAUUGCAGUUUAAAAUUUGUGCAGACAAGGCACAAGUUGGACUGUCUGGUUUUGAGGGUUUUCUCCCCAAUUCAGUAUUUUCCCUGGUCAGGGUUUACAAACCAAGUUUAACCAGCAGUACUCAACUUGGUUAUCAUACAUACUACCUCUGUCACUGACCUUUGUUACUUUUGGUGCAGUUCACUUGGCAGAGAACUGCUUGAAUGGGAUGAGAAUUCUCAUUGCUUUUUCCAAUGCAGAGUAGCACUUUUUAAGCAUUUGAAGGCUUAAUCUCAAGUGUUAUCAGUCUCAGGACAAGUUUAAUAAUUUGAAAAAAUGAAUUUCCCUGUGAUUGAAGGUUUUCCCCCACAGUUCAAAAGGUAUCCCAGUACAGCUUAGUCUGUGCUCACCUUGGAUUGAAAUGCUGGCAUAAUGGUUCAGAAAAUGCCAGAGUUUUUCAUGUUAAUGUGAAUUCAGUCUGAUACUGACUUGUCCUAAGGCUAUAGUUUUUGUUGCGGAUCCUCAUCCUGUCAUCACUGUAGGUUUAUUCCUACACCCCAGAGCACUCAUGGGGCAAAUGGGGAAACCCAACAAAGUCAAAUUUGUAAAAGCACUUUACUGUACCAUGUGACAAAUGGCUGUUGCAAAAUAUUUCAUAAGUGUUCCAGACAUUUUGUACCGUUUUUCUAAAAUAAAAUACUCUGAACCAGA